AUGUAAAAGAUUGUUGGGAAAUAUUCGUUCAAUAUGAAUCAUCUAAUUGGUAAAGGUGCAUAUGGCACAGUUUAUAAGGGGAUCUCAAAUGAUGGAUUACCUGUGGCAAUUAAAGUGAUAGAUAGAAGGAUGAUUAAUCAAACUAAUACUUAACAAUUACUAAAUGAGAUUAGAUCUAUGAAGUAACUUAAUCAUAAAAAUAUUGUUAAAUUUUUAGAUUUCUAUGAAACUCAAAACAAUUUUUAUAUUAUAUCAGAAUUUUGUAAUGGUGGAGAUUUAAGAGAUAUAAUUAAAAGAGGUAAAUUAGACUCAAAAUCUGUAGUCAAUAUCCUAAAAUAAAUCUUGAAUGGGUAUCACCAACUCUAUUAAAACUCUUUAAUCCAUAGAGAUUUAAAGCCGGCCAAUAUACUUUUGCAUUAGGGAAUAACUAAACUAGCAGAUUUUGGAUUUGCAAAAAAGAUUGAUUUCGAAAAUGAUUUGAUGACAAGUAUUGCAGGUACUCCACUUUAUAUGGCGCCGUAAGUUAUUUUAAGAUAACCUUACACCUCUAAAUGUGAUAUUUGGUCGUUAGGUAUGGUAUUAUAUGAAUUACUAUUCUAAAAACCUCCUAUAAAUGCUGAGAAUAUAAUUCAAUUGUAAGAAAGAAUUUGUAAACCAAUUAUUGUACCUCAAUUAGAUAAUUCUUAAUUAUAAUAAUUAAUUUAAGGAUGUUUGUAAAUUCAUGAAGAAAAUAGAAUAAAUUGGGACGAAAUUUAUUAGAAUCCACUGAUUUAAGAAUAAUAAUAAUAAGAGAAUACUAAACGAUAAUAUGCAGGAAUAUUAGAAGAAGUGGAACCAGAUUAAACUGAUUACAGGAAAUUUCUAAUAACAAAUUAUUUGUAAAUUGAAUUUGAAGCUAAUUAAAGAAUAUAUUUGAAUCAACUAAAUUUUGCAAGAAGUGCAUUUAAUUUUAGUUUUUUCAUAUAACAAUUUGAAUAAUCAUUUUAAGAUUUAGCCUAAAAUUUAAGAUGGUUUUCUUUUAAUUGGCUAUAACAGCUAGAAAACUCAAAGUUUUUGAAAGAAUAGCAGAAGUUUUUCAACGAUGAAAGAGGUUUAUAUUGUAUAACUUAAUUGAAAUAGAUGAAACAAGCUUUUAUUGAUAAUUGCCCUGAAAAUUAUUAAUCAUUAGCUUUUGAUAUGAUGAAAUUAUUAUCAAUACUUGAAGAACAUUAGACCAAUUUAUCUGCUAACUUAGGAACUUUAAAUAGACAUCAAUUAUUAGCAACAUAUAUGAUAAAAUACUUAAAUAAAACAUUGAGAACGGCAAGACUGAAUGAAUGUUUUUAUGUGGCAGAUCUUUAAGAUAUUUAAAAAUUUCCAGAUAAAGAAAUUAUGCAAAGGAUCUUAGAAUUUUGA